AUGACGUGGGGGGCGCAGAUCGCCGACGCCGUCCGAGGUGUGGGGGGGUCGUUACUAGAUGGGGUGUUCAGUCAAGCGGGAGGCGUCGAUUCGUAUAUUGCCCAAUGCUACUUUACUCAGCCUCAGUUCUGUCCGGUGGCGCUCGGGCGGGCGGGCCCUUCGGUGGACAGGUUUGGCGAGGGCAUGCCUGAGGAGUCGUCGAAGUACCUCGAGCUGGCGAUGGCGGUGACGGUCGGGGGCGGCUACGUUGCGGACGUUGAGUGGUGGAAUUACGGUUUCCCGUUCGAGGGAGGUGAACCCGCGAUGCAGUCCCUCUUCUGGGCCCUGGAGAGCUCCUCCGCCUUCAAGUCGCUCGCUUUGCGGACGCCGCUCGACGUGGACAAGAAAAACGACGGGUACGCGAUUCUUAGAUACGACGCGAUCGGCACGGGUGAAGGGGGCAUAGCCGUCUACAACCUAGGCCCGAAGAAACAGACGAUUUCUGUCACCAUGCCGGCGGCCGCGAUCGGUCAGUCGCCGACGGACCUCAUGACCGGGAAGCAGCUGUCCACCCUGGGAGACACCUACGACGUCGAAGUGCCGGGCCAAGGUUACGUGCUCUUGGGGAACCUGUGGCCGGGCAAGUGGACGUCGCAAGGGUUUAAGAACUGUUACGAGGGGGCCGGCGCGUCGGGCAGCUCGAAAUCAGUUGGUACCCUGUCCAUCGCGGCGUGCAUGGACAAGUGCCUCGAGUCCGACAAGAGUGAUUGCGGUGGCGUCACUGUCGCCUGGACCGGAGACGGCAACGGCACGGUCGAGUGCUAUCUUCGCAGCAACAUCGACAUAGGCCAGUGCGAAGACGGCCAGAAGGACAAGCAGUGGUACACGACCUUCACGCGCGACUGA